CUUCCUAGGAAACGCAAAUUUGCGUGCGGCGCAAGCUGUCUAUGGGCGCAAGUAACCCAAAACACCCAUGCAUAUAACUCGAGCGAUAAGAAACUGAAACUGAUAAGGAAGCAUUAUAUUCCACGGCGAUGUGACCAAGGGUUCGUUUGCUUUGAACUAGCUAUCUCUUGAGUGAAGUGCCCCCAUCCAUAGACAUGGCAGAGCAAGACCCAGAUCACCACCAAACAACAGAAUGCAAGGACGAAUCAUCAGCUGAGUUAAAACAGGGGGAGACUGAUAUUUCUCCGAAUGAAGAGCAGCAACUCUCCGUAGAUUCGGCUUCAUCAUCUGCAUCCACAAACAGAGAGACUAACGACAAUGGUGAAGACGUGGAGCAGUCUGACGUUAAAAACGGUGAUUCAGCUGAAAAGAAGACGGGGCCUCUUCCAGAACGGUCUUCGCCCUCAGAUGAGGACACAGCACGGAAGGUGAAGGAGAACAGCGCGUCACUUGAUGUAGGAAGUCAUGGUGAUUACAGGAGCAAGACACCAGGGAACGAGCCAUCGACCACGCCAGCUGAAGAGAUCUCCAAAGGCAAGGAAGAAGAAACACAGUCCACAAACAUUGAUCAUGCCUCAUCAUCUGAGUUAAAACAGUGGAAGACUGAUAUUUCUCCAAAUGAAGAGCAGCAACUCUCCGUAGAUUCGGCUUCAUCAUCUGCAUCCACAAACAGAGAGACUAAUGACAAUGGUGAAGACGUGGAGCAGUCUGAAGUUCAAAAAGGUGAUUCAGCUGAAAAGAAGACGGGGCCUCUUCCAGAACGGUCUUCGCCCUCAGAUGAGGACACAGCACGGAAGGUGAAGGAGAACAGCACGUCACUUGAUGUAGGAAGUCAUGGUGAUUACAGGAGCAAGACACCAGGGAACGAGCCAUCGACCACGCCAGCUGAAGAGAUCUCCAGAGAAAACUACACCGGGGGGGAGAAGAAGAAAGCACCAGAAAUAACCAGCCCCCCAGCCCUGGGUGUCAGAAAGGAUGAUCAAGUAGAUCUACAUAAUGAAGAAAGCCCAGACCCUAACAACACUGAAGCUGGAGAGGAUGAUGGAAGCAGCCCAAAGACGGAUUUAACUCCUGAGGAAGAAAAGGAUAUACAGGAUAACACCUCCCCACAGAGAAAGGAAAAGGUUGAUGUUCCUACGGCUCAGGAGUCUGCUGAUGCUCAACAUGCACUUCCAGAGGUUAAUCGAAAUCAAGCAGGAAGUAUAAUAUGCCUGAUAGGUAUAUUGGUGGUAGUUGUUGCCUUGCUGGUGCCGCAUCUCCAACCCGCGUCUCCACCUCAGAAAGAAGAUGUGCGGCAAAUAGACAUCUUCCUCAGGCAGUUGGAAAAAGUAAAGACUCAGUUUCCUAACCAGAGUGCUGAGCUCUGGAAGAGGAGCAAGAUCCACCUGCUGAGGCACCUCCAGUCAGCCCAGCCCACAGAGCCAGUCAGUCUGAUCCUGACUGCAGGCCACAGAGCUGAGACCACACUGCGCUGCCUGGCUCAGGGGCUGGCCUCCGCCUUCUCGUCUGCCCUCAACGCCUCCGUCCUCCACAUCGAUGGAGCCAGCAAAGCCAGCCAGGACAGCGACCAGGUCAAACUGGACAUCGACAGCAAGCUGCAGGGAGCUUUCGAAGGAGACAAACCCGUGGCGGUCAUUGAGCGCUUCGAAGAGCUGCCUCCGGGCUCCACCCUUAUUUUUUAUCGCUACUGCGACCACGAGAACGCCGCUUAUAAGAAGACGUGUCUGAUCUUCACAGUACUGCUGGGGGACGAAGAGGAGAUUCCUGCCGAGACUCGUUUGAGUACCGUGGAGGAGAUGGUGGACGACCAUCUGCAGAAGAAGUUCCUUUCGGAUGGCCAUCCAGUAUCUUUUGACAGGAUGGACCUCGAUAAGUACGGUGGACUGUGGAGUCGUAUUUCUCACCUCAUCCUGCCUGUGGCAGCAGAGGAAAGGAUAGAACAUGAAGGGUGCUAGGACAUUAAUACUCACUCUUGUUGGAGCUUUUAGUCUAAGCACUUACUGUAACUACUGUCCGAUUUCUCACUGGUUGACUCUGGUCAUUCUGGGGCUAGUAGCAGUGGUUUUAAAGACCCAAUGGUUUCUUACAUAUAAUAUAUUGAAGAAAGUAGAAAUAAGACGCUUAAUAUUAUGCCGAUUAUGAUAUGGGAUGUUUGUAUAAAAAAUCUGUGGAUAUUGAUUGUGAAAAAAAAACCCAGCUAUGGUGCUUUAUUCUAAUAGUACUUUGAUCAAAUGUAAUUAUGGAUAAAUUGCAACAUGAUUCAACUGGGCGGUUUGUGGAUUUUAACAUCAAAAAGAGUUACAAAGCAGAACAAUUUGUUUGGUAUCUCAACACAGGGUUAAUUGUUUUUUUAUGAUAAAUGUCUUUUCUGUGAUUCUCAAACCUACAUGGCACCACAUGCCUUAAUUGAACUCCCCAUGUUCUUUUUUUAUAAAUACAUAGUUAUCCCACUAUAGGAAGGAGUUUGAUGAUAAAAUAAGUGCAUAAAUUGAAUGUGCCUUAAAGUCUGAAUAAACAAGCCAAUCCAAACGCUUCA